CUUCUUCCUCGGAGCAGCGGGGGUGGAGAGAGAGAGGCUGGGGGUGGUUCUCUCCGCCCCCGUCGGAGGGAGCGGAGCGAGGGGAAAGCAUGUGAAAAUUGUUCCUAUUUCUUCACGUCUGUGGACGAGAGUUUUACGUUGGAGUUAGAGGCAGCAUUUUUGAAAACUCUUUGCAGAGUGGCCUUCUGGAAGUAUGCAGAUGUUUCUUCUGUUGAAUAAAUACUAAGUUAAAAACCAAAUUAAAGCCCCCACAACAUGAAUUGUGUCAGUAGUGGUUUUUCUUCCUGCCCUCCAGUAAAUAAAAGUGUGGUCCUGACAAGCUGCUUCUGGUGUCAGUAACAGACCACCUACCAUGAGCAACUCUACUCCAGCUACAGAUAAUGAGAAGAAAAAAAGUAAAGGAAAAAGAUCUCAGUGUUCCCCUUCACGUGUCCUUCAUAUUCGUCAAAUUCCAAAUGGUGUUACUGGAGCAGAAGUUGUUUCAUUAGGUCUCCCUUUUGGCAAAGUAACCAAUCUCUUGAUGCUAAGAGGAAAAGGUCAGGCGUUUUUGGAAAUGGCUUCCGUAGAUGCUGCUGUUUCUAUGGUGAACUACUACACUCCUGCUACACCUCACCUCCACAAUCAGCCAGUUUAUAUUCAGUAUUCCAAUUACAAGGAACUUAGGACUGACAAUCAGCAUAAUCAGGCUAGACCCCAACCUGCACUGCAAUGUGCGAAUGCUGUGCAGCAUGGAAACCUGGGUAUUACAAGUGCUCUUGCUGCUGAAGGUGGGGUCCUUCCAAGUAAUGGUUCUGUUCUUCGAAUCGUUGUUGAAAAUGUUUUUUACCCUGUCACUUUAGACAUACUUUAUCAGAUUUUCUCUAAAUUUGGCUUUGUCUUGAAGAUUGUCAUGUUCCAUAAGAACAAUCAAUUUCAAGCUCUGCUCCAAUAUGGUGAUGCAAUGCAUGCAUAUUAUGCCAAAAUGUCUCUGGAUGGCCAUUGUAUCUACACUGGCUGCUGCACUCUGCGUAUUGAUUUCUCCAAGUUAACUAACCUAACAGUGAAGUACAACAAUGACAAAAGUAGAGAUUUCACUCGCAUUGACCUUCCUUUUGGUGAUGGCCAGCGAACCAUGGAGGCAUCUUUAUCUACUCCCUUUGCUACCCAGAAUACCAUAUGUCCAUAUACAGGGCCUCCUGGGUUUGCCCCAGCCUUGGGCUUUCCUCAGGGAGCAGGUCCUUCUGUUCUGCCUGUUCCUGGAGCACUUGGUCCUUUCACAGUCACCACAUCUGCAGCACCUGGACACAUGACUAUUCCUGGUAUUCCAGGAAACUCCGUUUUAUUAGUCAGCAACCUCAACCCUGAAGCCAUCACACCUUAUGGACUAUUCAUCCUGUUUGGUGUGUAUGGUGACGUGCAUCGUGUGAAAAUCAUGUUUAAGAAAAGAGGAAUUGCUUUGGUUCAGAUGGCAGAUGCAACCCAAGCUCAAUUAGCUAUCAACUACUUGAAUGGACAGAGGCUUUAUGGAAGGGUCAUGCAUGCUACUCUUUCAAAGUAUCAGACAAUUCAACUUCCUCGUGAGGGACAAGAGGACAAAGGUCUGACAAAGGACUAUAGCAAUAGCCCUUUACAUCGCUUUAAGAAUCCCUGCUCUAAGAAUUUCCAAAAUAUCUUUCCUCCAUCUGCAACCUUGCAUCUGUCCAACAUCCCGCCUUCUGUUACUGUUGAUGAUUUGAAGAACCUUUUUACAAGUAAAGGAUCUACUGUGAAAGGCUUCAAAUUUUUCCAGAAAGAUUGCAAAAUGGCUCUUAUCCAGCUGGGCUCUGUGGAAGAAGCAGUUCACGCUCUCAUUGAGCUUCACAAUCAUGACUUUGGAGAAAACCAACAUCUCAGAGUUUCCUUCUCAAAAUCUUCAAUCUGAAUUUUCUGUGAAUUUUCCCUUUAAGGCUGCAUAAUGGUUUUAGUAAAAUCUUCAAACAGAGACUGAGACAGCUCUGACCAACUCUGUCUCUUAAAAGAAAAACCUCAUUCAUACACAAAGAAUUAAGUGAUUAUUUUUUCUGAUUCUAGCUGCAGUUAUGUCAUCCAUAGAAAGAUCUUCUGUGAAAUCAUUUUAGCAACAAUAUUUAUCAUCAAAUUUCCUACUUAAAAUUAUGUUUUGAGACCAUCCUUUCAGCUUUUGUUUGAAAUCAGCCUUACAAAACAAUUUUGAGUGCUUUUACAAUGUACCAAAUGAGUAUGUUUAAUGAAAAAAUAAACCUAUUCUGUGCAGAUUUCACAUUAAUUUGAAUGUGAAAUAGUGCUUGGGUUUCUUGAAGAAAAGCAAACAGUAACUGUGAGUAUCCUCUAAAUAGUAUUUAUGUUACCAAGGUGUGUGUUCAUACUUUGAAUCUUUACAAAUAACUUGUUUAUAAAAAUAAAAAGUCUGUGCUGUUCUUAUAGAUUAAAUUAUUAGAGAAAAGGCAGUGCCUUCUCUCUGUGGAGUAAAAGUAUUUGACAAGUUUCUUCAAGGUGUGGUAUUGGAAAAUUAGUUUGACUUGACUCUGGGUUGGAAGUUUGAUGUCCUAUUUCUACUAUGAAGGGAUGUGUAACAGUACCUUGGAGAAAAUAAAACAAGAAAAUGGUCUUGAUAUUAAAUAUUUUUUUUUUACAUUUCUCUAAAUAAUUAAAUGUUUGCAAGCUUGUGGAAGAUAUUCAGGUCUGUGAUAGUUUCUCAAGUUUUUAAGAAGUUAUUUUUGCUAAGGUCAUCUUUCAGGGCAGAAAAAUUGAACCUCGAGGUUUUUUACCACUCUACAGUCUAAUACUUAAAUUACUGUGUAUUUGCCUAAUUUCUUAUUUUGUGCCUUACUAUAUGUGUAUGAAUAGAUUAGAAUGCUACCUGAAGUGUCUUGCAAAAAUAUUGUGGGCUUUGUGAAAAUUCUCCUCUGGGUCUUUUUGUAAAUGUUUCCCAUGAUAAUUCAAAGUAUAUUUUUUCAUUAAUUAAUAUUUUGAAUUGUAGUUUCCUGUGCUUUCUUAUGGAGAUUGGACGUAGAUGUGACUGAGGUUUCAUUUGUUGUGAAAUCACAUAGGGAUUCUUUAAAUUUACCUAGUUGCACUUCUCUGAUGGUAGUUCUUCACUGAUAAAAAAAUCACAUCCAGAAAAAAUAUACUAAAAAACAAAAUAAACCUGUAUAGGAAGGCCAAACAGCAAAUCCAGUUAGUUUCAUCUGACUUUUUGAGAGACACUGGCUGUAUCAGAAUAUUCUUUCAGGUUUCUGUAUUUCUUUUAUUUUUAAUACUUUACAGUAUUAAAGUAAUAGAAUACUAUCAUUCUUUCCUUUUUAAGUAUGAAAAAAUGUUUGAUACUGAAUCUUGAUUCCUCUUUGGGGAAUGAGCUGAGAUGCAGUUAGGUUUUGGCCAUGAGUGUACAGAUGAAUUCUAAUGACUGAUCAUAUUUUAAAAAGCUAAAUUUAAUUUUAAGAGCUUUUUUCCCCCUAGUAUUUUAUUUCACAUAAAUUAAUUGAAAAUAAAUUUAAUUUUACUUACCACAUUUUAAAGACCUAUUUCUUUCAAACAUGGCAUUUAUUUACUUCUAACUAUUGCAGAAUUUGUUUCUGCUGUAAUGUUUUGCCACUCAUAAUUGUUUUUGUUCAUCUGAAUUGUAAGACUUUAUCUUUCUAGAAGAAAAAGUAUGUUUCUAUCAUGAUCUGAGUGCUCUGUAGUGAGCUUUCUCAAAUUUUCUCUCUGAAUUAUUUUUGCAAAAUCAGCCUUAUAGUAGCUUGCCAGAUACUACCUUGAUCUAUGUAAAUUGAUUACAGGUGUAGUAUUACAGAAACUUCCCUGCCUGACCAUCUGGGAGCCUCUCUGGCAGUCACUCUUGCACCACCUGAGCUGGACCUGGGGCCCUUCCCAGUUACAGCUCCCACAUUCCCACAGUCAGAACAGGUUUCCUCACUGGGCUGACCCCAGGUUUCCCAUAGCAGUCUCAAAUGUCCCAGCCAUUAAAAUAAUUUAAUCACAGCACAAUAACAAACAAACAGCUCGGGCUGGUGUCUCUGGGGAGGGACCCAGAACAAAGGAACCCCUGGGCUUUUAUCCCCUCACCGAGCAGGGGAAGGUGUGGGACCGUCGGCUCCUGCCGUGUCCCAGUGUCCGGUGCCCUGGCUGGGCCACAGGCCCCGGGCCCUUGUGUGCCCAGGAUGGGCUCCUCAGGGCCUCUGUGCCUGGGCUGGCCCAGCCUGAGCUCAGCCUGCAGCUCCCACUGCAGCUGCACCCCGAGCUGCCUCAGGGAGCAUGUUCCUCAACAGCAGCAGCCAAUCUGACUGCACGGAUGUAGCUAUAUUAAGUGCUGUACAGCACAACUAUAUAAAUAUGCAGAAUGUACUAUGUACUGGAAAGUUCAGCUGGCUUAGAAAAAAUAUUCCCCUAAGGGAUGUUAUCUUUUGGAUUUCACAGAAUCACAGAAUGGUGUGGGUUGAUCUCCAUGAGGUUCUCACAGUCUCGCUGCUCAGUCUGUCCAGAUCCUUCUGGAUGCUAUCCUUUCUUUCCAGGGAUGCUGACUGCACCACAUAGCUUGAUGCUGUCAGCAAACUUGCAGAGGGUGCAGUUGAUUCCACUGUCCAUGUCACCAACAAGGCUGUUUAACAGCUCUGGUACCUGAUUACCCUUACAGAACACUGCUCAUUAUUGGUCUCCACUUGGACAUCAAGCUGUUGACUACAACUCUUUGAACGUGGCCAUCUAGCCAUUUCCUUUUCCAGCUAGAGGUCCACUCAUCAAAUCCAUGUCUCCAGUUUAGAAACAAGGAAGUUUUGUGAGAGAGUGUCAUGCUUUGCACAAGUCCUGGGUGUUAACAUCAGUUGCUCUUUUCUUAACCACCAUUGCUGUAACUCUAUUGUAGAAGGCCCUUAAUCUGUCAGGCAUGAUUUGGCUAUAGUGAAACCAUCUACUUCAUAAUCUUACUGGGAACCAAGGUGGGACUUCCAGCCUUAUAGUUCCCUGGGUCUUUCUUAUUUCCCUUUUUACAAAUGUAGGCUAUAUUUCCCCUUUCCAAGAAAAGCAUUAGCUUUCACAGUUUCAUUGACUUAGGCUGCUCAGAAAACCUCUUUUCCUCCCAGGCUACAUGUUACUUCACCCCUCUGUACCCUUUCGUUUAGUAUUUUGAGUUCAUCCAGUAGCUCCUUGUUCAUCUAACACCAUUCUGAUAUUUUUGCCCAACUUCCUCUUUGUUGGGAUAAUCACUCCUGAGCUUGGAGAAGAUGAUCCUUUAUUUAAGGGUGAUUCUUUAAUACCAAUCAGCUUUCUUGGGUCCCUCUUCCCUCCAGGGCUUUAUCCCAUGAUACUGUAUGAGGCAGAUCCCUGAGGAGGCCAAAGGCUGCUCUCCUGAAGGCCAGGGUAGUGAGCUUUCUGUGCACCUUCCUUGCUUUCCUAAGGAUCUCAAACUCCAUUUUGUGGUCUUUGCAUUCAAGGCUGCCCUCGAGCGUCACAUUUUCCACCAGCCCCUCCUUGUUGGGGGAAAAAACGUCCAGCAUAGCACCUCCUCUCCUUGGCUCCUCCAUCAAUUGAAGAAGGAAGGUAUCAUCAAUGCAUUCUAGGAAGCUUCUGGAUCGUGCUGCUGUGUUGACAGAUAUUAGGGUGGUUGAAGUUCUCCAUAAGGAACAAGGUUUGUGUAUGUAAGGCUACUCUUCUCUGUAAGGGGCCUCAUCUCUGUGUCCCUGGUCAGACAAUCUGUAGCAGACACCCACUAUAGAUCCACCUUCCCUUGCCUGCCUUUAAUCCUGACCCAUUAACUCUCAAGUCAACUCCUCAUCCAUCCCUAGGUGAGGCUUGGUGAUCUCCAGCUGGUCAUUGACAUAGAGGGCAACAUUAACUCCUUGCCUACCCUUCCUGUCUUUCCUGAAGAGUCUAUAUCCUUGCAUUCCAGUCUACUCUUUGGAGCCAUCCCACUGUGUGUCCAUGACAUACCAAUGAGGUCAUAGGCAUGCCCACAUGUCUAACUCUUGGAGUUGAAACCCUAAUGAAGCUGACUUACUGGCUGGAGUAGCUGGAAUUCCUUUGUGUUGUUCUUCUGGUGUUUUUCUGCUGACGUGUGAUCCCUCUUAAGGCUCUGGGCAUUGGCACCAAAAUAAUAGGAGUGGGAUGUGUUGGGAUCCAUCCCCAUAUGGGCCACCAAGUGUUGGUGUCGGUGCUUGGCACCAGUUGAUGGAAACUGACUGUCACCAUGAGUUUAUCAUCUUACUGUAAAGCUUUCAUACCUUCUCUGUGAGUUCCCACAGGCAGCUUCUCACAACACUGACUCCUUUUCCUUCUGCAUGGCUGGCUGACUCCUCCCUGUCCCUUGCACAAUUGCCUGACCCUUCCCACUCCUCACAGCACAGCCAACCAACUCCAGCUCUCCUCUCAGCCAGCUAACCCGUUCUUUUAUGGCACCCAUCCUUACUGGACAUAGCUGUGCCCUGUUAAGGGCAGGGCUGUUCCUACUCUUUGGUAAUUAGUGCAGCUGCAGCUCUGCAGGGGUGAGAUUGCCUUCAGCACUAUAUCUAUUCUCCUACAAUCCAUCCUCUCAAAGGGAUGGACUGAAGUUCCCUUCCCCUGGCAUCUUUCAUUUAAAGCCCUUCUCACUAGCCUGGCAAGCCUGUGGCAGAAGAUGCUCUUUCCCUCUUCUAACAUGAU